UAUUAUACAGAGAGUUCACAAGAGUACAACGAUAAUAAAAACGAAAAAGUGAAAAUUUUGACACUAUUUGCUAGAGCCACUGGUAGAAGAAACAAAAUGUGCGUGUUUACGGCAAAUGAUGGCCAAAAAUGGCGGCUAAACCACCGAAGCCGCCAGCUACUUUUUUGAAGCAAAGUAGUCACAAUAACAACGACGCCGACAACGAUAAUAACGGCAACAGCAACAACAGUAAUCCUAGUACCUCGGCUGCCACUGCAGCAGCAACACCCACCACGCCUACCUCCGGCGCGACACACGCGACCAACGCUGAGACAUACAGCAAACUGGGCAUAAAGCGUUACAAUAGUCGCGAAAAUCUACUCAACAACAUCGCCAACGAUUACAACUACAACGAAAACGACACCGAAACGAAAGGCAAUAAUUUGGAAGGAGCAGUUGCCGCCGCACGUCACGCUUGCAACUGCACGAACAUAAGUAUUAUGCAUCUCUUUCAUGAGAUGAAGCAAGAGUUUCCGACCAUACCCGAUCCGAUUGUAGCGCAGUGUGUCAACGAUAAUUGCCAUCAACGUGAGAAUUGCAUACAGAUGUUGCGGAAUGAGUUGGCACUAAAUCCGAUACCAGUGCAAACGUACCCAGCGAAAGUAUUGCAACAACAUCACAUCAACAAUCAGCAACACAACAAUCUGCAGCAACAAAAGCAGUUGCAACAACGACAAAAGAGUCCACAACAACCAGCGCAGACACCGCACACACCGCCACAACCACCGCAACGCCUUAAAAACGCAUCGCCGCAAAAACCCGCAACACCGUUACGUCCCAUACGCGCAGCGCCUACACAGCCGCCGUCUGCGGCGACGCUGCAGCGCGUACGUGCUGAAAUCAAAUAUAGUGCCGUUACACCUCAAGCCAAUUGUGAUAGUGUUGAGUUAGUGCAAAAUAGUAGCAAUUUAGCAAAAGAUGUUAAUAGUGUUCAAUUACCGUGCAAUAAUCAGUGUAACAAUAGCAACAACAAUAGUGCUGCCGGUGAUUCGCCCAAACAAGCGUGUGAUAUGCCCGUGACCGCGAACGCGAACGCGUCUGUUGAAUGCGCGCGCUCUGCCGACUUUAUAACGGCGCUCAAUCGAAUUGCCGCGAAUCAUCAGCCCUCGACGCCACAAUUGCCGGCCACCGGUGCGCGCGCACGUCCCAAUACGCUCAACUUGCAAGCAUCGCAGCAGCAACUGCAGCGCCAGCAGUUGAACAAACAACUGCAACAGCAUUUGCAGCAGCGCAGCCAAUUGAAACAACAACAACAGCCAGCGAGUGGCGUAGCCGCGGAUCCACCGCUACAGAAGCCGAUACGCAAAGCGCCGUUGCCGCCGAUCGCGCCAAAGCCAGUAUUUCACAAUAAUAUCAGCUACAACAACAACAACAGCAGCAACAACAACAACAAUAAUAGCGGUGGAAAUUCACCACAAUGGCAGAGCGUCGGCAGCUGCUCGAGCGAAUCGGCUUUGACGAGUCCGUUAAGCUCGUGCGGCGAAAGCGAAGUAUCUGCCAAUGCGGGAUGUUCGCCAUCGCAAGCUUUUACGCUCAGCCAUAUCAAUAACAAUCGGCAAAAUAAUAACAACAAUAACAACGUUGUUGCUUCCACUUAUCAGCCACAGCAAACAUCACCGCUGCGUUCGCCUAUACGCCACCGCUCAGUUAUCACCGUACAGCCAGAGCCGCCAUACGCGCGCGACUUUCUACCGUCCGCAAAAAUUAGCACCGUCGCAAAUUCCACCGCCGGUGGUAGUGGUGGCAGUACGCCAACAAGUCAGAAAAGCUUCACCUCAGUCAAUUUGACAUUACGUCAACCGACCAACGCUGUACCACAAUCAACCAUAGACAUCUCUGCCGGUCCGGUGUUGAGCGGCAAUGGCAGUGGUCUGACCUAUUCCAGUACAUCGUAUAAUGCACGUCACGGUUUUCAGCAAAAUUUCCAUAUAACAGUCACCGAGGAAGGCGGUGUAUUUAAUGCCAGUCGCAUACGCCCACGUAAUAAUAGUGGUUACUACGCCAGCAUUGAGGGUGUGAACACAGCAGACGGACCAACGGGCGGCACGGGCCAAGCAGCGACUACGUCACAACAACAGCAACAAACGCCUACGACAAUAUUGCGUUCGCCAACAGCGCAAACAGCACAAUUUAUUGCGCCGCCGGCGCCACUGACAACGGCAAGCAGUGAGGACAUGUGUCUGCCAUUGGAGAAUAGUGCUUUCAUCGAGACCAUAAAGCGUCAGAAGGCGCGGCGUGACAAGUUGGCCUCGGCACUGCGGGAGAACAAAAAUAAGCUUGGCAAUGUCGAGGAAGAGGUCAAAAUGCUAACCGAACCCUUGAAUCCCGGCGAAUCUGAGAGACUGGAUUAUGAAAUAGAAAGAUUACGCACUGACUGUCAACAAACAUUGAAUGAAAUCGAAAAUAUCAGACGUUACGGUCAGCUAAGCGAAGACGAGCGACUGAAACAACAACAGCAGCAGCAGCAACAGCAACAACAACAAGCAUUCCCACGGUGGCAACGGCCACCACGACCGCCACCACCACAACAACAACCGCAAAGUCCCUACCAACAAUACCAGCCAACUGAAGUAGAUUUCCAGCAGCAACAAUACAACACACCUGGCAGUGUCGGUAGCACCGCCGGCAUUGUUGGUGUUAUUGGUAGUGGACAUAGUAGCGCUGUAGGCACACCCAACUCACCGCGCUUGCAGCAAACGCCACCAACGCAACGCGUGAACUAUGUCGGCCAACCGCCACCAUAUCAGCUGCCAUCAACCGACGAGGAGGACUACUCCGAUUCGAAUACCGAUGGCGGUGACGACUAUGAACCGCUCGAACGCUGGCCCUGCUCCAUGUGUACAUUCCUCAAUCAUCCACAGCUGAACAUAUGCGAGGCGUGCGAAUGUGUGCGCAUCAUACCCGAACCCAUUUUGAGUCGAGAGGAUAUACAUAUCACGCUAUCACCAGGCGAGAACAGUAAGUUAACACAGAGGCAUACGAGUAUGUACAUAUGUAUCUAAGCAUAUUAGAGUGUCCGUUAUAUUUCAAGUUGAUUAUUUUUAUUUUUGCAAAUGAUAUCUGAAGUCGCUUGCCAUAAAAACAAGGUUCUGACGUAAAAAAGCUAUUUAUCUUUUUUUUUUCAAUGUGAUGGUAUUUUAUAAUGAGUGGUAUUCUAAAAGCAGAUUCCACUCAACAAAAAAGAUCAUAAUGAUUUUCCUUUUAGCUGAGGCCGUUUCCUCAAGGUCUGGUUAGCAGCCAUUUGCCUAUUAAAAAAGUUUUGGUUAAAAAAGUGUUAUUUACCGAAAUUUGGCUAAGUUAACCAAAACUUAACUGGCAGAUGGCUGCUAACCAGUUAUUAUUAAGUUGUUGUAGCGGCAGAAUUCUACCGAGCCAGAUGGUACCCAGACAUUGUGAAAACAGCGCUUAAAGUUAUACGCAACUAAAGUUAUGUAUCCAAUAUACUGAUAAGUACACCAUGUCGUAUGAGCAACGCAGAAUGCAUUAAUCACUUAUAUGAAUGCUCAGCACAUUUGGUGUACAAGUUUAACUGCGUAUAACUUUGAAAAAAAUUGUAUGGAAAAAUCAAUACGUUACUAUUUUUGGAACUAUGGAAAAUUUUGUACUAGAAAAUCACGUUUUCAAACUUGUAGAUUUUCUUCGUCAAUGCCAAAUAUAAAAAAAUACGAGGUUAUAUGUAUACAUGGAAAAAGAAAUAUUAUUAUUAUUUAAUGAAAUAAUAAAAUUAAACCUUAACCGUACAAAAUGUAUCAGGCAUGGGAUCUAAGUUGAAAAUACAGAGCUUGUUUACGUUGCAUCAUUAAUUUUAGGGCAAACAUUUAAACUUCAGCAGAGGUUUUCAAAACAAAAAAUAAAAAUUGAGAAAUAACGCACACCUCAUGUUUGGUUAUAUAUCCACACAUAUACUUACAUAUAUAUAUAAAUAUAUAUACAUAGUAUUUGUAAAAAUGUUUCUUGAACUAAUUUUCUAUUAAAUAUUUAUGUCUGCUUCCAGGAAUUGUGCAUUCGUGGGUCGUGUCAUGACAGUCACCGCGUAGGCCAUCAUAACCAUCACGUUUGUUGGUCUACUGAGGAUUAAUAGUACAACUGGCGGCAAAGUAAAUGCGACUGAUAUCUGUUUACAGUUUGGAAAAGACUCGCUCAUGUUGAAGCAGUUGCGCUGCAUAGUUCAACAGCAUUAGCGGAAACUCGUCAUUUUUGACUAGGCCGACGCUUGUUGCAUGGCAUAUUGGCACUAAAUAUCUUAAGGUUAUUUAAAAUGUGUUAUUGUUGACCGCUAAGUGCAGAACGGUAAUUGACUGCAGUGCACGAAAUGUUAAUCGUCUAUUACCACUACUUUUUCAAUAUGCAGAGAUCGUGUCGGCUUUAUUUUGAAGUUAUGAACUACGGUAGAAAAGCUUUGUUUUAGCGGCAGCCGUCUUGCAUCUUCCGAUUCAAAUGUUUUACAGCUGUGAUGCCGAGAAAUGCCUCAUUUUGCGCCAUGAGGACUGCGUGUUUUAAGCGUUGCUUAUUUUAAUGCUGACAAAGAAUUGAAACUUCAGAACGAAUUAGCUUAUUAUAUUUUUUGUAAACUCACAAAAGUUACCCAAAUAAUGCAAAAUGCAUUGGCUAGCAAAUAUACAUACUUAAGUCGAGAAUUUUGUUUAGUUAUAUACAAAUGUUUGUCGUGGUAGCUGUAAUGCAAAGGUGCUUGAAACGCUUCGCUAAGUUUUCGAAUGAAUGCUGUAAUAAAAAAAAAAAAUAUUCAAGAAUUUUUUAAGUGCUGCUAAUAACACUAUGUGAUUGGUAAAUAAAAAUAUGGCUUUACUUACUUUUAAGAAAUAUUGAUCAGAAAUUAAUUUGAUUUGCGAACACUAAAUAUAUACAGACUAUAGUACAUAUACAUAUAUAGCUUUUUUUGAAAAGAGUGUCAAAAUUACAAAGUUAAACUCGGAAAAACAGAACAAAAUAAAUUUAUAACAGGCGUGGGAGGUAAUGCUUUCACAAAUCGGUCUUAUAGCAGUUGUAAUAGAUAAUGCUAUGAAUUUUAAAUUUUUUUAAAUUGUUCGAUAAAAAGGUUUAUUAACUUGUCAUGUCAUAAAGAUUUGAUGUUGUACGCUUUUAAUUAAAUAACUAUUUCGAACAAGUAGGCAUAUUGUGAUUUUUAUUUUGGAAAAAAAACAGUAACUGA